AAAUUGAGUUAAGAACACAAAGUAACUAUCAUAAAUUACUACAGAAGGCUAGGUUGCCAUUAUUAUUAAGUCAUUUGAUUUUGAGAAUAUGCAAAUUUUAGUAUGGUUUACUUUCCGUUAGCAAAGCUAGGCUUUUUACUUGUAAAACAGAUAACCAAGCCCGUUACAAGGCUUCUCAAGCAGAAGGCAACUUCAAACAAAAUAUUCCGAAAUUACGUCGUUGCACCCCCAGCUCAAUUCUUUCAUUGGAUUGGAGUUCGAUCGAAAAUGAGAAUGUUAGGCCUGAAUCAACCGAAAUAUGUGCCCCCAUUGAACCAAGCCAUGGCUAUUGAAACCGGAAGUAAUUUAUUAAGUGAACUAAUCGUAGUUUCAAUUGGUGUUAGUCUUAUUAUCCUUGAAUUUUCACGCCAGGCACGAAAUGAUAAGCUAAAACACGAUAAACAUAAAGAGCAAAGACAAAAACUGUUCAGUGAUUUGGAAGCCUUAAAUGAUCGCGUAAAUGAACAGGUCCAUGAAAUACAAAAUCUGAAAGUUAAGCUCAGUCAAUUGAGCAUUAGACCAGUCGAUGAGUAGAACAAAUUUAGAUGCCAUUUCGCAGUUCAUUGUAUUACCUUUAGCUAAAUAGUUUUAUGUUUUUCUGUCAACACUAUAGAAGUACAUAUAAAAAAAAUUUAAAUUCGAGUAUGCAAAA